UGUGAUGGGCGGGUUGAACAUUGCGUUACGUAGCUGCUUGUUGUAAUCGUUCAUAUUAUAGCCCAGUGUUUGUAAUCCGUUGCUAUCAACCUGACGCAACUUCGUGUGUUUACUACUCUCUCAUCUGUUAUUUUAGAUAAAUUAUACGGUAGUAUUCUGCGACAAUGAAGUGAAAACAGCGUUAAAUGUUGCUUUAUUUUUUAUUCCGUGCUGAUUGGUCUCUAGUCCAAACAUUCAUUGCCUGUUUUUUACGCCUGGGGAGUGGGGUUGAAGUCUGGCCUCUAGCUGCGAAUUAGCUGAAUCUUUUCUCAGUYUCGUCCUGCAUUGAAACAUUUUUAUUUUGUAAAUAUGACGGUGAGGGGGACCCUGUAAACUAAAUGACUGUCAGAAAUAUCGCCUCCAUUUGUAAUAUGGGCACAAAUGCCUCUGCUCUGGAGAAAGACAUUGGUCCGGAGCAGUUCCCAAUCAACGAACACUACUUUGGAUUGGUCAACUUUGGGAACACUUGUUACUGUAACUCGGUGCUUCAGGCCCUGUACUUCUGCCGGCCCUUCCGGGAGAACGUGCUGGCCUACAAGGCCCAGCAGAAAAAGAAGGAGAACCUGCUCACGUGUCUGGCAGACCUCUUCCACAGCAUCACCACCCAGAAGAAAAAGGUGGGAGUCAUCCCGCCCAAGAAGUUCAUCUCACGUCUGCGCAAGGAGAAUGACCUGUUUGAUAACUACAUGCAGCAGGACGCCCAUGAGUURCUCAACUACCUGCUGAACACGGUGGCAGACAUCCUGCUGGAGGAGAAGAAGCUGAACACAGUGGCAGACAUCCUGCUGGAGGAGAAGAAGCAGGAGAAGCAGAACGGACGCCUCAAGAACAACGGAACGGCCAUCACCACGGAGACCGAGCUUGAGAACAAGAACACGGAGCCCACCUGGGUGCAUGACAUCUUCCAGGGCACGUUGACCAAUGAGACGCGCUGCCUCAACUGUGAGACGGUCAGCAGCAAAGAUGAGGACUUUCUGGAUCUUUCUGUGGACGUAGAGCAGAAUACAUCAAUAACACACUGUCUCAGGGACUUCAGUAACACAGAGACCUUGUGCAGUGAAUACAAAUACUACUGUGAGGCAUGCUGCAGCAAGCAGGAGGCCCAGAAACGGAUGCGUGUGAAGAAGCUGCCUAUGAUCCUGGCCCUGCACCUGAAGCGAUUUAAGUACAUGGAGCAGCUGCACCGAUACACCAAACUGUCCUAUCGCGUUGUCUUCCCUCUGGAACUACGCCUCUUCAACACCUCUGGAGACUCUGUCAACCUCGACCGCAUGUACGACCUGGUCGCUGUGGUCGUCCACUGUGGCAGUGGACCCAACAGAGGACACUACAUCACCAUAGUGAAGAGUCAUGGCUUCUGGCUGCUGUUUGAUGAUGACAUCGUGGAGAAAAUCGAUGCCCAGGCCAUCGAAGAGUUCUAUGGGUUGACGUCAGACAUCUCCAAGAACUCAGAGUCUGGAUACAUCCUCUUCUAUCAGUCCAGGGAGUAACUGGAAUAAACACCCAGCCAGAGAGAGAGAAGGAUUGGAACUCUGACCCCUCUCAGAGUCGUGUGCCAACGCCAUUCCCUGUCUCACUGCCUUCCCUGGGUCUGCCUGGACUUCAUUUCCCAUAACCCCAUUCUCUCCCUCCCUGCGUUCAGCAUGCUGGGAAGACUGUGUAAACUGCUUUUUGUCCUUCAGCAUCUGGACAACACUUUAGAACAACAACAACAACAAAAACAAACAGUCACAACAACAAGGAGCAGGAAACAUAAAGAAGCUACAACGGGCUGGUGUGUGAUGCCCGUUUGUCUCCGCAUGGGGCCAGGUCUGGAGGUCUGAAGACCCACCAUGGGUCACUCUCCCUGGGUCUGCCUGGCAUACAGAGCUGGCUGGACUGAUACAGGUACAGACUGCUAUGGGAAAGAAGAUUGUAUUAUUUGUAUAUCUGUAUAGUAUGUCUAUUUUCAUGUAAUGUCAUAAGUUCAUAAAUACUUUUAGUGGGGUUAUUCCGUGACCUUAUAUUUACAAUGUCCAGCCCAUAGAUGUCUUCUACCUGGGGAAUGGCUAGAGCUGGGAUGGAAUGGAAGUUUUAGGGAGAGAUAUAAACUAGUUGAAAGAGGGUCUAUGCAUCUAGUGUUGCUGAACUGCAUGUUUCGGUGUUCACUGUUUGAGCUGGUGUAGAUUCAAGUUGACUUGAGUUGUGACCAAGCCAAACCUAUUCAUUGUAAUGCUGAGAUAUUGUAGUUCUACAGAAGACCAGGAUGCAUGUAGCUCUCUGUCUGCUGCUCCCGUCCUCUAACAUAGAGACUGGCCCAGGCCCUAAUGCUCCUCUCCCAAGUUAUAACCAUGUUAUGAUCCAGCCACCACUCUAGAACAUAGUCACUCACUGACACAAACUACAUCUCUACUAGUCUCUAGACUAGUUUGGUUUCUGUUUAAUCCCUGUUUUGUAAAACGCUAUUUAUUGCUCUUAUUUAUUUAUAAUGUUGACUGUGCUGGUAGGUGUAGGAGAUUGUGUCUCAGGGCUUGACUCAUCUAGACGCCAUCUUGUCUUGUCUUCUGUAUGUAACAUCUUCCCCCUCACUGAGUCCGGUAGGUCAGUGUUUCCCAACUCCGGUCCUCGAGUACCACCCAAUGGUACACAUUUUGGUUGUAUCCCAGGGCAAACAUACCUGACUGAACUCAUCGAGGGCUUGAUGAUUAGUUGACAAGUUGAAUCAGGUGUGCUUGUCCGGGGCUACAAUUAAAAUGUGUACUGUUGGGGGUACUGGAGGACCGGAGUUGGGAAACACUGGUGUAGGUAAUAUACAUACAGAGCUCUAUGGGGUUGACAACGUCUUUAGUAGCUUUACUUUGAAGCAUGUGGAUAGCUGGACCCGGUUGAAAGAAGCACAUAAUCCACAGUUGUCAGGUAUCAUGAAAAGGAGUGCUUCUCACAGUGAGAUUGGUGCAAUAGGAGGUCAAGUGAGCUGAUAAGAUGUCGACUUCCCUUUGAAGAAAAUAUAGAUGUUGAUAUUAAAUGUUGGUCUGCCUUGCUACCAGCUAGUCUCCUCCCAGUCGGUAGUGUGUAUCUGUGUGAGAUGAUCAAAGGAAGUGGAACUCUUUUGCUAGAUGCAUUAUGGGGCAGCGGUCAACAUAAUGUUGGUAUGAUGACAUAGAACGUUCCUGUUUAUUCUUCUUCCUAUGUUGAAAUAUUGGUGUCUUUACAUGUGUUUUUGUAACACCUUGUUAUUUUGCAUAGUUGUCCCCCCCAUUGUUAGGUACUUGACUUGGAACCAAUGUUCUUUACUUAGAAGCUGUGCCUGGCAGACACUGACAAGUUGUGUUAAGGUGACCAGUGGUUCAUAGAGACAGCUGGUUUACCAUGCCAUAAGGUUAGGACCAUGUACUGUAGACUAUAACCAUAUCAAAGGUCCAUAUAGAGGUAUAUGAGGAAGAAAUGCUGCUCACUAUCCUGUGGCACUCGAAUUCACUGUGAUACUGGAAGAAUACCGACUCAAAUGCAUCUCGCUAAGUGUGAAAUAGAGAUGAUUUGGGUUGUUAUGUGUGUGUUUCUGUGCCCUCCUUAUUAUGUGAGUCAGUGUUUUAUGUAAUGUGUGAGAGAGUGCAUAACUGCCRAUCUCCUACUGUUAGUAUAACUGGUGAAGUCUAUGAUUAGUAAUAUGUGCCAAACUGGAGUCUCUAAUGACCUUGCAAAACUGGAGAAGAACUGUAACAGAACACUAUUUUCUCUGCUAGGAUACAAGUGUAUAUAAACAUUAUGUAUAAAAGACUAAAACAUAUAUUUCCUAUAUUUUAUCAACCUAGGAGCUAAAGCACUGAGAGAGAGUAGUUACUUAAAAACAAACCCUGUUUAGAAAUAUGAUGCUGCUUUACAAUAAACCAGUCAGUCAAUCACAUAACCAAUUAAUCACACAAUAGUAACACAAUCGAUGAGUCACAAUCAGUCAGUCACAUUGAGGUUUUGUUCAUUACAGGCUUAACAGAACCAUGGUAGAUGAAGAGGACACUAGCCAGCACUGUUUGAGGAAUUUUAAAUGGGUUAUGAUGAGCAGAUAUAUUGUGUGUGCUAAUCUUCCAAUUAUUGUUCUGCACACACCGUUAUACUAACUUUAAACAGGCAGCCCAAUUCUGAUAAUUUUUCCACAAAUUGGUCUUUUGACCAAUCAAAUCAGCUCUUGUUCAGACCAAUUAUUGAAAAGAAAAUCAGAAUUGGGCUACCUGUCUAAACGCAUCUCUCUCAAGAGCUCUGUCAAUGCACUCAAUGUGGUCUUAUCAAUCUAUAACAAGACUCUGGUGUAGUGCCUAGAGAUGGAGAAGUAGUGUUAUAGCUUGGUUUGAUAAGAGUAGAAGUUAAAGGGAGAUCCAGGCACUAGAUAACUCGCAAUUCUAAUGAAUUGUUUGUAAACUGAAAGUGCACUUUACUAGUGAUAUUCUUUAAUGAGAACCACAGUCUGAGUACUUCUUGGAUUUCCCUUUCCUCUGUUAAAUAAAAAGACUAUUAACUGAG